AUGAAGGACGGCACGGAGCGCGUGGCCAUGCUGGGGAUCCCCGGCAUCGGCAAGAGCCGAUCCCUGGCGCUCGGCCUGUGGCACCUGGUGUCGGGCCAGGGCCGCCCGGAAUGGAUCAAGGAGCCCGAGGCCAUCGUCUUCGAGGCGUGGGAGGGAGGCUUCGUUUUCGUCUUCACCAAGAACAAGGACGGCCGGUGGAAAGCGCAGAGCCUGCCGAUUGGCAAGUGGGAUGCAAGCGACUGCGAGCACCUGCAGAACAGCAACAACUGGUACCUCGUCGAUGCUUCGGACAGGCACUGUACGGGAUCGGACAGGCACUGUACGGGGAAGUUGCCUGCGAAGACAGUGAAGGCCUGCAGCCCCAACAGGGAACACUACUCCAACUUCAUCAAAGAUGGUGGAGAGUGUGUCUACGUGGAGGCGUGGAGAGAGCAGGAGCUGCAGGUGGCCCAUGGGAAUUUGGCGACGGAAGCGGGUUGGAGGCAUACUACGCAUCCUUUUGGCUUCAGAAAAAGCCUAUGCAAAAGCCAUCGCUCUGCAGGUUUCCGAGGCGAGCGACUUUGCCACCGUGCAACGUGCUUUAAGUGGAGUCUUGGACACCAUGGGGACGAAGCUGCCGAGCAGACUUUUCACAUACCUUUCUGGACGGGACUUCUUGCGAAGUCGCUGUGUGCUCCGCCGAAGUGA